AUGGCGGCCCCCAUAGUAGUAGUAUUUUCAGUGCUGCAGACGCUGCUAAGUUUAUUCGCAUUAUUGAGACAAAAUUUAGAGGAGUUGCAGCGACUAGGCGAGCGGCGGAGACGCUUACACGGCCACACGCGUCAGAUUCUUUUAAACCCACCACGACGUGUAACUAGACGGGCCAAAAGAAGAAGAUUUUGGGUGAGACCGGGAAGAACCAGUAGCUGGUGGGACAACUUCGUGAAUGGUGUUGUCGUGGACGCAGAGUGGAGAGAGAACUUUCGGAUGUCCAGAGCUUCACUUGUGGCCCUGAGCGAAGAACUUCGUCCUCAUAUUGAAGGCCAAACAACCAACAUGAGAGAAGCGAUUGGACCAUUAAAGAAGGUCGCUUGCACGCUGUACUACCUGAGCGACGAGGGAAGGCUACGGAAGACGGCUAACUCCUUUGGCCUGUCGCGGCAGGCUGUCUCCAUCAUCGUAAGGCAGACAUGCAAAGCCAUCGCUCUCCACCUCGGUCCGAAAUAUAUCAAGCUGCCCUUCACAGAACCCGAGGCAGAGGAGCUUGUGUCUGGCUUUCACUGUGUACAUGGCAUGCCACAGUGUUUGGGAGCGGUCGACGGGACCCACAUUGAAAUCAAGCAGCCAUCAUCCCACGCCAUGGACUACAUCAACAGAAAGGGUAAACAUUCAUUAAAUGUACAAGCAGUGUGUGACUACAAGUACAGAUUUAUGGAUGUAGUUAUAAAGUGGCCUGGCAGUACGCACGAUGCACGAGUGUUUGCUAAUUCAAAGAUCAGCACCUACUUUAAAACCGGCAAGAUUCCAGCAUUGAAAAAGCAGAUAGUGGAUGAUGAGGAACCCAUCCCCAUAUUUCUCCUGGGUGACCCAGCCUAUCCACUACUACCUUUCCUGAUGAAGGAAUAUUCAAACGGUGGUUCCACGCCACAAGAGCAGUACUUUGGGUUAUGUUUGUGUAGGGCACGCAUGGUCAUUGAGUGUGCUUUUGGUCGGCUGAAGGCCAGAUUUGCAUCCCUGAGAAGAGCAAUGGACAUUAACCUCAGUGACUUGCCCUAUGUAAUUUAUGCCUGCUUUGCUCUCCACAACUACUGUGAAGAAAACAGUGAGACCAUGGACGAACACUGUGUGGAGAGUGCUGUACAAUGUGACCAGGAAGUACAGCCUUCCACACAAAGCAACAGUUACCUGACUGACUGUAAUGAGACAGAGGGGAGAAGGGUCAGAAGAGUGAUUACAAAGUUCCUUGACCCUUGA